CCUCUAGCCAGUUCUUCGCGGUCUUUCGAGCAGUCGGUAUCGUAUCCCCGUAGUUCCCUUAAUUUAUUAGUCGUCACUAAUUCUUAAGUUCACGGUGAAAGUUUAACGCGGUGUGUAACAGGGAUGGAUGUGUCAUGUGUGUCAUCGUUGACCUGGUAAUCCAACGAAAUUGGACAUAAUUCGCCUUCAGGAUGGGGGCGUUAUUCAGAAGCGAGGAGAUGGCCCUGUGUCAGCUGUUCAUCCAACCAGAAUCAGCCUACUCGUCUGUUUCUGAACUAGGAGAAACUGGCACGGUGCAGUUCCGCGAUCUCAACGCCGACGUGAAUUAUUUCCAACGUAAAUUUGUCAACGAAGUACGUCGAUGCGAUGAGAUGGAGCGGAAACUUCGGUACAUCGAGGCGGAAGUGAGGAAAGAUGGGGUUGUAAUCGCGGACAAUCUAACGGAAUUACCACGGGCACCCAAUCCACGUGCAAUUAUAGAUCUCGAGGCCCAUCUCGAGAAAACGGAGAACGAUAUAUUAGAGCUGAGUCAAAACGCGGUGAACCUGAAGAGUAACUAUCUCGAGUUGACGGAAUUACGGCACGUGCUCGAGAAGACGCAAGUGUUUUUCACGGAGAAUCAAGAUUCGUAUCUUCUUCUAUAUCAACAGGAAGAGGCCAACGACUCGAUCACCAGGACGCUAAUUAACGAGGAAGCACAGAAUUCGAGCGCGAUAGGUCGGGGACGUCUCGAAUUCGUUGCUGGAGUAAUAAAUCGUGAACGAGUGCCUGCUUUUGAGAGAAUGCUAUGGCGGAUAUCCCGAGGGAAUGUGUUCCUACGACAAGCCGAGCUUGAUAGGCCAUUAGAGGAUCCAGCCACUUCGGAAAACGUAAUGAGCGUUACAGCUGGAGAGCAACGUUACUCUCGUCACUCGGGUAACAAGAUGUAUAAAACUGCCUUCGUCGCGUUCUUCCAAGGUGAACAGUUGAAGAGUCGCAUCAAGAAAGUUUGCAGUGGAUUCCAUGCGUCUUUGUACCCUUGUCCUCACAGCCAUGCUGAGAGAGUGGAUAUGGUGAAGGGUGUUCGUACCAGAUUAGAAGAUUUAAAUUUGGUUCUCAAUCAAACUCACGAUCACCGUCAACGUGUGCUACACAAUGUAGCCAAGGAGCUGCCUAACUGGAUGAUUAUGGUCCGAAAAAUGAAAGCAAUAUACCAUACAAUGAAUCUGUUCAAUAUGGACGUUUCGAAGAAGUGUCUGAUAGGAGAAUGCUGGGUACCAGUGGCGGACCUUGGAAUUGUCCGGAAUUGCCUCACCGAAGGAUCGCGUCUCUGUGGUAGUUCCAUACCAUCCUUCCUUAACGUAAUCUACACUGAUGAGAAUCCUCCGACGUUUAACAGGACCAACAAGUUCACCAGAGGUUUCCAAAACUUGAUUGACGCCUAUGGAGUGGCAUCAUACCGUGAAGCUAAUCCAGCACUUUAUACCAUCAUCACGUUUCCUUUCUUAUUUAGCAUCAUGUUUGGCGAUUGUGGCCAUGGUUUAAUAAUGACCCUAUUUGCUCUAUACAUGAUCAUACUGGAGAAGAAGCUAAUGGCUCAAAAAUCCACGUCCGAAAUUUGGAAUAUAUUCUUUGCCGGCCGUUAUAUUAUCCUCCUCAUGGGUCUGUUUUCCAUUUACACUGGCAUCAUCUACAACGACUUAUUCUCAAAGUCGUUUAACAUAUUUGGAUCUAGUUGGUCCAUUAGAUACGACGAGUCUACGAUCAUGGAAAAUAAUGUCCUUCAAUUGAAUCCGGGCACCGAUGCUUAUGCACAGAUACCAUAUCCAAUGGGGCUGGAUCCAGUUUGGAUGCUCGCCGAGAACAAGAUCAUAUUUCUCAAUUCCUAUAAAAUGAAGCUCUCAAUCAUCUUUGGUGUUGUGCAUAUGAUUUUUGGUGUCUGCGUGAGCAUCGUUAAUAUCUUAAAUUUCAAGAAGUACCCGAGCCUGUUUCUCGAAUUCUUGCCACAACUGCUAUUUCUUAUUUUAUUAUUCUUUUAUCUGGUGUUGUUGAUGUUCGUUAAAUGGAUCUUAUAUGAUGCCUCAUCAACGGAUGUAAUAUACAGUCCUGGAUGUGCACCAUCGGUUCUAAUCACUUUUAUUAACAUGAUACUGAUGGGACACACGGUUAUACCAGGUUGUCCAGAGUACAUGUUCCCUGGUCAGCAAAUAUUACAGCAGGGGUGCGUUGGGCUCGCAGCAUUGUGCAUUCCUGUGAUGCUCUUUGGAAGACCAAUCUAUUACCUGUGUACCAAGAAUAAAAAGAAGACAGACAGAGUUUGGCAGAGUAAUGGAUCCACCUCCCAGGACAUCGAACUGCAAACCGAAGGGUUGCAAACCGAUGGCCCCUCAAACCCUGAGGCCGCCGGUAGUCAUGAUCAAGAGAAUGAUUCAUUCGGUGAAGUAAUGAUCCAUCAAGCUAUUCACACCAUAGAAUACGUUCUUUCGACGAUAUCCCACACUGCCUCCUAUCUACGUUUAUGGGCCUUGUCGCUGGCCCAUGGUCAGCUGUCUGAAGUACUAUGGACCAUGGUGUUACGCGCCGGUUUAGGUGCCAAAGAUGGCAACUAUGUAUCCAGUGCACUGUUGUUCGUAUCCUUCGCAGCUUGGGCCUUUUUCACACUCGCCAUUCUUGUGAUGAUGGAAGGGCUUUCAGCUUUUCUCCAUACCCUACGACUUCAUUGGGUGGAGUUUAUGAGUAAAUUCUAUGAUGGUCAGGGUUAUGCUUUCCAGCCAUUUUGCUUCAAGAAUAUCCUGGAUACCGAAGAUAUUGAAGAAUAAUUAGCUCAUCAGAGGCCUUAUUAUAGAUACGUCUGUUAUGUUACGUGCAGAAACUUAUUUUCAGUUUCUAACCAAUUUUAAACGAGAUAUAUCAAGAAAUAUAUCUUAAGAAAUUUUUACAAAAUAUCUUCUUCGAAUGCGACUUCGUUCAGUAAAGAAUGCCAUCUAUCGCGAGACAACAGUAUUCAGUGUAUGUCUUAUGGAAGUUCAUAUUUAAGAUAGGCUUUUUAUUGGUUAUGUUUCAUACAAAAACAAAAGUAUCCUACAAUCUUUAAGAUUUAUUGUCCAUUGCUGCUUUCGAAGUUGCAUUACUUGCAAUACAUUUAGUAUAAGUUGUAAAAUAUUAAUAUACGUAAAUACGCAGGCAAUGAAAGAAACAAUCAAGGAAAGUAUCGUAUGGGGUCCAAUAUGGCCGCCGAGAGAAAUAUUUGUCCUCCUUCAACUUUAUAAACAAAAAAUUAAAGUAUAAAUAUAUAUAUAUAUAAUGUUACAAUAAAACAUGUUUAUGAAUAAGAUUUUCUUAUUAAUAAACUAAAUCAAAAUAUUAUAAAAAGUAAAAUAGUAUUUGUGUACAGUUGCGAGCAUAGAUGUCUCAAUAAACGUCAUGAGAUUCAUUCUUAUUUCUUAUUUGCGAAGGCAGUAGGCGUGGCCAAAUUACCGAAAGGAGCCGAACUUUACCGAAACCAAAGCAUAAGUGGGCAUCUAACCAUCAGAAGGCAUCUAUUCGCGCGGUUGUACACGUGAUGUGCCUUCAUAGAAAUAUAUCAUGAAUGAAAAAGGACUUUGUACAUAUUAUAAUAGUAUAAAAAGCUAUAAAUAUAAGAGUUGCUUUAUGAAUAACUUAAUACAUUUUAGUAGCCUGUUUGUAAUUUUGAUGGUAUGAAAUUUUUUAAUUAACUUUUUAUAAUGAUUGAAACUUGAAAAUAGUUCAUCGCAAAUAGAAACCACAAAUAUAAGUUUUACCACAAUUUAUUGAUAUUAUUCUAAAUUACAAUUUUUAUUAUUGAGAUUUUUAUACACCACCUUGUCUUCAUCUCGGCGGCCUUGGAAUACGAAUACGAAUAUUAUAUAAUUUUAUUGUUAAUGUUCAACUACUGUUUCCAUAAAUUGUUAUGGAAAAAUUGGAUUAGGCAGUGCCGAUUAAAUUUUAAGAGAAAAGACAAUAUUUGAAGCAGAUAUUGAUUAUUAAUUUGCAAAAGCAAAUAAUAUUAAUUACAAAAAAUACAAAGUAUCUUACGAUCAGUGAUAUAAUCGAACAGACAAAAAACAAAAUCAGAAGUUUCGCAAAAUUUAGUCUUUCAUCUAGAUCAGAUGAAUUUACAAUAUCUUGGGUCAAUUAUAAAUAUACGACGAGAUUGGUGCACAUUAUAUUCAUUCCACUGAUCAUUGUCAGAAUAUCUUCAACUGAUAACAAUCAUACAAUAUGUGCACAAUAUUGUACGCCAUUACAAUCAAGGAAUAUGAAAUCUGGAGAAGGAUACGUUAUCAAAGUACAAAUUGUUGCUAUUAUAAGAGUGAUUGCAAAAGGUAUUCAUUCUUCAGUGAGUAGAAAGAGACGUCGUUAGAGAUGUAUGUUGAAAAAGAGAGUGAUUCAAAUAUACAUAUGAAUAUAUUUUA